CGAACCCCAACAUCUGGCGAGGUCAAGCCGGUCAGAUCAUCAUGUCAGAUCGGCAAAUCCCAUCAGUAACCCUUACAGACCUCCAAUCCUUCCAAGCCAAACACUUUCCCGGUAGCGAACCACCCGCUGCAUUCACCCCCCUAGAACCCGCCGUGGUCGACGAAUCUACCUAUAAUGAUGAUGAGGAAGAUCUGGGCUACUACCCCGAUGGGGUGAAACGCACUCUCACCGACGAGCAGAUCGAAAUCUUCAGACACAGUGAAAUUCAUGCGCUGCUGCGGGAAAGACAGCUGAGGGAGGAGAACCGAUCGGAGGACGAGGGAGAGGUCGCUGAUCUGCACGAACCGGCUCACAGUGCUGCAGAGGGGAAACCAGCUAGUGUUGCUGUCAGUGAGGUCGCUGCGAAUAAUCGACCUCAGGCUACUACAGACACCGCGUUAGAUUAUGACGAGCAGCCUAUUGCCCCUACCGGCGUCAAGAGAGGACUCCCGGCGGGCCAUAACCCGCGAUAUACCGGUCGCAGAAUCAUUUCGUAUGAUGAUUGAUCGUCGGAACGACUGAAACGAAGGAUAUCCAUCUUCCAGUUUUCUGACAACCCCCAACAGGGCACCUCAAGUCCAAACAAACACGCGGUAAGUAGAAGCAGUUCGUUGCCACCACUUGCCAUCACCAUCUAUCCAUUCCAUGAUGAGAACAUAUAGUCAUCCUUAGUCGGAGCGCCAUACCAUCCUUCUCUU